AACACAGACAGAGACAGCGCUGCACCACAGACCACAUCCUGAGCCUGACCUCAUUUCUAUAUUUUUAUUUUCGACGCCAAUGAGCUCUUAUUCAUGAUUUUAUUAACAAAAUACAAAAAAUGUCGGAGGGACAAGGAGUCAGCGCAUUUCCUAUGCCCCCAAUGCAGUAUGUUAUGAAUUACUCAGAUGAAAAUAUUAAACGCGGAAAAGCUCCUCCUCCACCCCCACCUAUUCAGGAUUCAUAUACAAUGUUUGGUGCUCAUUUUACUGCUGAUGAAGCCAUUAUACGCCCUCUUGAAGCAUCAGGCUGUCGCAGAUUAUAUCCACACAAUUAUGAUCACAAAAGGGAGUUGAAAAAGUUAAAUCAUUCUAUAUUGGUUAACUUUUUAGAUCUUUUGGAUGUUUUGAUACGAGCACCAGAGUCACCCAAGCGUGCAGAAAAGUUGGAUGAUAUUAACUUGCUGUUCAUCAACAUGCAUCAUCUAAUUAAUGAGUUCAGACCUCAUCAAGCUAGAGAAACGCUACGCGUCAUGCUGGAAUUGCAGCGCACCAAAAGAACAGAGAUAGCCCAGAAAUUUCAAGAACAUUUUGACAAGGUGCUGGAUCUGAUCCAGACAGCUUUUAAAGCGAUCCCUAAUGAUGUCACACUGGACUCCAGCCUUUUGUCUGAAUCAGAGAUGCUGGGUCAGUCUGCUGAUGUAAAAAUGGAAUUCAUGGAAUCUGAUGCAUGUGACAGCCUGGACAAAAUGAUGUGUCAGAUAGUUGAUGACAUGACGUGACAAUAAGCUCUCAUGGGAUUUUUUUUUCUGUGUAAAUGUGUAUACAUUUUAUAUUUUAAAAUAUUUUUUGGGUUUUUUCCCCUCAUUGCUGGUAAAAACAAUAAGCCUCUGUGAGGCUGAGUAAGUUUACAUCUAUUAAAACAUUGCAUUUGUGUUGAGAACAGUUUUUUUAUUCAAGAAAAAAAUUCUGUAUAUUUUAAAAUAUUUUCACAAGAAUGUUCACUUAGUUUCACUUUUCAAGGACUAAAUAAACGUUUAAUUUUAAAACUUUAAA